UUUCCUUCCCUGCCUUCCAAGAGGAGAAACAGCUGAUAGUAUGGAGAAGGAAAGAAUUGCUCUCUUAACUGAAGUGAAAAAAAAUAAUAAUGAGGCAGUCAUAAAAGAAAAAAUGCACUUGACCUUCUCCUAUAGGCGACAAGAGUUGGUUGAGGACUUGCCAAUGGUUUCUGAUUUACAAAGUAGAUGGCCUGCCCUGUUCACAGUCAAUGAAAUAAACGCAGAAUUUAUGAGGAUAACGACUGUGCCUCUUCUGUCAAAGUUUUUCGCGCAGCUGGACAAAUACACUGCUGAUCUACAGAAGGUUUUCAGCAGCAAAGGAGGUGCUUCUGGACAGAAGAUAUCACGCAUCAUGACAGUUGCAGACAAGUGUGGUGACAUACACAUCAAGCGAGAUUGUGUCAUACAGAGUCUGUGUGUGUACUUCAAUGAGGACAUGACAACAGUUGUCAAAGAAUUCGAGGAUAGCAACCCUAAAGAAGCAGAAGCAAGAAUUUCUGAGACCACUCUGGGGCUUUUUGUGAUUCGCAAGGAAGGUGCUGGUGCUGAGGAGGAGCCAAGUGAUGUUGGAGUUGUGAUAGAGGGUGUAACGCUGCUAGAGAACCUAAAGAGUAUUUCCUUUGGAUUAGUAAUUCUCUUUGGACUGAUCUACGCUCUCAAUUUAAGCUAUCCUCAAGGUCUCAAGUUCACAUUUGAAUUCUUUCAGAAGGUACUGAUGAACUUAGAUGGCAGCAAGCUGUCCCCAAAGGUACAAGCACUUAAAAUUAAAAUGUUUCAGUGAAUAGGACAUUCACUGUUUGCCUACAUGCCUUCAACUGGAACAACAUUGAAAACCUUUAGACAAGAAUGCCCUAAAAGAUAUAUUUCUACUGACUGAUGACACUAACUCCAGUAUGCCAUGGACUGCACUUUCUUUUUUCUUUUUUUUUAAUCUCUGAAACUUUUAAAACAGGAUAUGUUACCCAUUUAACUUUUGCGUCCAGGAAGCCAAUGGAUUACUUCUUUUCCAGAUGUAUUAAGACUGUCUUGGUUACAUCUCCAUCCUCAGAAUAGUAGUUUUUCAUGUUUUUAUGUUCUUCUGAAAUGCUGGUUUAGAGGACUAAAAUAGUUCAACAAAAGUGGAAUGCUACUUAUUAAACCACUUUAAGGUUUUAAAGGGACAGUUCACGUAAAAAAUGAAAAUAUACUCACUAUUUACACUCCCUCAAUUGGUUCCAAACCUUUAUGAAUUUCUUUCUUCUAUUGAACACA